AUGGAACUCCCCGACGAGGUCACCGACUUCCACCACCCAUACACUCCGUACGAUGUACAAACACAAUUCAUGACAGAAGCCUAUAAGGUGCUUCAGACUGGGAAUGGGCAGAUUGGAAUCCUUGAGAGCCCCACUGGCACGGGCAAGUCUCUCUCCCUCAUAUGUGCUGCGCUCACCUGGCUACGAAACCAUAAAUCGCACGAGAACGAGCUGUCUCUCGGCUCUACCGAUGUUAACCUCGAGGAUGAGCCUGAUUGGAUCAUUGAACAAACCCUCAAACGGAAAAGAGAUGACAUCUCCAAGAAAUGGAAGCAGCGUGAACAGCGCCUUGAGCAAAUCCGUGUCAAGGAGAAAGCUCGUGAGGCACGCAGCGCCAAGCGGCGCCGCAUUGAUGAUGGCAACCAGAAGAAAGUACGCAAAAAUCCUGAAGACGAAGAAGCAGAAUGGUUGCUGGAUGAUGCAGACGAACCUACCUCGCAGAGCGAUGCUCUGUCGGGCCUUGGCAAAGAGACACUAGAAAUUUUAUCUCGAUACGGCCUUGGAGGGCUGAAGCGUGACAAAGAAGACGAGGAUAUACUCGAGGAUGGUGUAAAGAUAUUUUACACAUCAAGAACGCAUUCGCAGCUCUCGCAAUUCGUUGCCGAACUCCGUCGACCGUCCUUCCCGUCGUCUAUGCCAUCGUCGCUCGUGUCGGGUGAACAUGGAGCGGCUGUUCAAGCUACCCAAGAACCAGUCAAGCAUCUCCCAUUAUCAUCACGACAAAAAUUAUGCAUCAAUCCAGCUGUCUCGCGCCUCAAGACGCAGUCGGCCAUCAACGACCGGUGUGCUGAGCUGCAGCAACCAAAAUCGAAAAACAAGUGCCCGUAUGUGCCGAAAGAGGAAAAUGUGAAUAAGACACAUCAGUUCCGGGACACAGCCCACGCAACUCUACCCGACAUUGAAGACCUGUUUCAUCUUGGCAAGUCUCUAGAAGUGUGCCCUUACUACGCCUCGCGCACCGCGAUCGCUGGCACGGAGAUCAUCACACUGCCGUACCCUCUACUUCUGCAAAAGACCGCGCGUGAUGCAUUAGGCAUUAAGCUUGAAGGCAAUAUUGUCAUUGUCGAUGAAGCUCAUAACAUCAUGGAUGCGAUCGCCAAUGUGUAUGCAUCUGAAAUCCGACUGGGUGAGCUGAAGAGGGCACGACAGAUGCUUGGCGUCUACGUCAAGAGGUUUGGGAAGAAGCUUAAGGGCGAAAAUCGCGUCAUGGUCGGCCAGGUAGGUCGUGUAGUGGAUGGAUUGAGUGGUUGGAUGAGUGGCGCCCUUCAACUCAAGUCCGAACAGGGCAUUGUCGACGCCAAAGAACUCCUGCGCUCUAAAGGCAUCGAUCAAAUCAACCUCUUCAAACUCAUCCAGUACAUCCAAACUUCCAAGCUCGCCUACAAGAUCGAGAGCUACGUGGCGUAUGUCGAGGAGGAUGACUCGAACAAAGCCGCCCCUCGAUCUUCCACGCCUGUUCUUCAUACGUUCGUGUCAUUCCUCGUUUCCCUCACAAAUUUGAGCUCCGAAGGCCGCAUAUUCUACCAAAAGCUGCCAGGUGCAGCUCCAGAUAUCCAGCUCUCCUACCUUCUCUUGUCACCAACGCAUGCCUUCUCCUCGAUCGCCACCAGUGCGCGCGCUGUCAUACUCGCUGGCGGUACCAUGUCACCGUUCGACGACUAUCGCGCGCACCUUUUCCCAUACCUGCCCGAGCCAAAGCUCACGACCCUCAGCUGCGGCCACGUUAUUCCGCCAUCAAACCUCUGCGUACGAACACUGGCUGCUUCGCGAGCUGGCGACGCAAACUCGACAUUUGAGUUCAGCUUUCAACGCCGCAGUGAUAAGGCGAUGGUCAAUCAGCUGGGCCUCGCCAUUCUCAACAUGUGUGCUGUCGUGCCAGACGGCAUUGUCGUAUUCUUUCCCAGCUAUGGAUACCUGGACGAGGUCGUUGCUGCAUGGGAGACGACUGCCGCCGGCGAAUCGACGCCCAUCUGGACCCGUAUGCAGCAGCGUAAGGCCGUUUUCAAGGAAUCCAAGGGGUGCUCCAGCGAGGAAGUGCUCGCAUUGUACAGCGAGGCCAUCCUAGGCGACGGCACCAGUAAUGCAGCAAAGCCACGUGGGGCCCUGCUUCUGAGUGUUGUUGGCGGCAAGAUGAGUGAAGGCAUCAAUUUCUCCGACCGUCUCGGCCGCGCUGUCAUGGUUGUUGGCCUGCCGUACCCGAACAUGCACUCGCCGGAAUGGAAGGCCAAGACGGAAUAUGUCGAGAUGACAGUAUUGAAGCGGGCACUGGAGGCGGAGCCAGGGGUGGACCGAGCAAAGGCACAGACGGCGGCGAAGCAGGCGGCGAGGGACUUUUACGAGAACGCAUGCAUGAGGGCCGUCAAUCAGAGCAUUGGUCGGGCUAUCCGUCAUCGCGGAGAUUAUGCUGCCAUUAUAUUGUGUGACCGCCGUUACGGCACAGAGAGGAUCAAGGGGAAGCUACCUGGCUGGAUUCAAGGGGGGAUCCAAGGAGAUGGGCAGGAGAGUGGGUUGCCGCAGCUCAUGGGUGCUUUGAGCGGCUUCUUCAGGGGUAAGCGAGGUACUUAG